GUGUAAGUCUGCAAACUCUGCAUCAAACUCAUUUUCUCACUGCAUUUCUGACUAUUCAGACCACGUGUGCCCGGUUAUCUUAAAGAAGCUAUUAAAAGGUCCACGUUUUAAGAAAAAUGCUUGUCUUAUUUGAAACUCCAGCAGGCUAUGCUGUGUUUAAGCUGUUAGAUGAAAAGAAACUUCAGCAGACUGACAAUCUUUUCCAAGAUUUUCAGACACCUGAAGGUGCAAGCAAAGUGGUAAAAUUGAAGCAUUUUAAAAAAUUUACUGACACCACAGAAGCUUUGUCUGCCACAACUGCUGCUAUUGAAGGCAAACUAUCCAAGACCCUUCGUAAGACGUUAAAAUCCCUCUUUGCAGAGGAGGCUCAUGAAGCCUUAGCUGUUGCUGAUGCUAAACUUGGCUCAGCUAUUAAAGAAAAAUUACAGAUAAACUGUCUGUCAAACUCUGCAAUUCAAGAGCUUAUGAGAUGUAUUCGAAGCCAAGCAGACAGUCUCAUGGGAGGACUCCCCAAGCAAGAAAUGAUGGCCAUGGCUCUGGGCUUAGCCCACAGCCUGUCGAGAUACAAGCUGAAGUUUAGCCCAGACAAAAUUGAUACAAUGAUUGUUCAAGCUGUUUCUCUGUUGGAUGACUUGGACAAAGAAUUGAACAAUUACGUGAUGCGCUGCCGAGAGUGGUACGGCUGGCACUUCCCUGAAAUGGGAAAAAUCGUUACGGAUAACUUGGCCUUCGUCAGAACAGUUCAAAAAAUGGGAAUUCGAACUAACGCUGCAACUACAGAUCUUUCAGAAAUUCUUCCAGAAGACGUCGAGGAAAAGGUCAAGGAAGCUGCGGAAAUAUCGAUGGGAACAGAAAUUGCAGAGGAAGAUAUUUUGAAUAUUUCACAUUUGUGUGAACAGGUUACCGAAAUCACUGAAUACCGCAGUCAACUGUACGAAUAUUUGAAGAGCAGAAUGCUUGCCAUCGCUCCGAAUUUAACAGUUUUAGUUGGCGAACUUGUCGGUGCCCGACUCAUCUCUCACGCUGGGUCUUUAAUGAAUUUGGCCAAACAUCCUGCUUCAACUGUUCAAAUUCUCGGUGCAGAGAAAGCUCUUUUCCGCGCCCUUAAAACUAAACACGAUACACCUAAGUACGGUCUUAUUUAUCAUGCUCAACUUGUUGGCCAGUCGUCCACCAAGCUGAAAGGAAAAGUUUCGCGUAUGCUUGCUGCAAAAGCUGCUCUUGCUUGCCGUGUCGACGCAUUGGGAGAUGAUGUUAAUUCAGACCUUGGUACCGAACAUCGUGCCAAACUCGAAUCCCGUCUCCGAGUUCUUGAACAAGGGGGCAUCACGCGCAUUUCAGGCACAGGCAGGCAGAGUGGUAAAUUUGACGUUUAUCAGAACAAAAGUGAGGUAAGGCAAUACGACGCGGCUGCAGACUCUACACUUGCCACUAAACGCAAGGGAGACGAAUCCGGAACUCCAGCAACCCCAAAACGCGUUAAGGUCGAGAUGAAGGAAGAACCGGCUGAAGCUGCUGAAGAAGUUGUUGAGAAGAAAGACAAAAAGAAGAAAAAGAAAUCAAAGGCAGAGGAUGUCGAGGAGCCACCUGUGGCUGCUGAAGCUGAAGAGGCUGCUGGAACUGUUGAAAAAAAGAAGAAGAAGAAGAAAAAGUCUGCCGAAUGAAAAAGUUACAGCAACAAUAUUUUUUUUUUAAUUCUCUGUAUCGUGAGAAGCACGUUUUUGUUGGAUUUAAUACAUCCGCGACAUUUAUCAAA